CAUGCGCGAACAGCUGGUCCGUUGCAAGAGCUGAAAAUGUGGACAAGCGUAGCGAUAUAAAAAUCGCGUCCGUGCCGUCGGGGCGUAAACAGUCAGUUUAUCACGAUGUGGUGGCUGGACGGGUUUAGGUCGGGGAUGGGCCGCCUGGAGAUCCUGUUGCUUGUUUACACCUUGCUCUGCUCUCUCGGAGAUUGCCUGUUUGUAACUGACUAUUUCACCCGGACGCCUCGCAAGCUCAAUGCCUACCGCUCUUUUGCCAGCGUGGAGCUGUUCCACUUCAACGUGCCUGAAGACACUGUGGUGGCUGUUUGGAACCUCAUCACCUUCAAGGAGCAAGGGGGCACCUUCGGAGACAGCUGCCCAGACCGCAACGUGACAGUGUACUUCAGGUCAGGAGCUCCACCUGUAAUCAACCCCCUCCAGACACGAUUUCCAAAGGACACCAUCAUACCAGGCUCCUUCGCUGUCACUUUGACAUGGACGCUGCCCAACCGCACCACAGGAGUUUUCAAUGUCACCAGCCCGCUCCCUGGAGACUGGUUCCUGGCUGCACACUUACCAAAGGAUGAGGGGAAGAUCUCUGUCAAGGGUCUUCAUGAGGAAUGUCAGUACCUCUUUCAACCUCAGCUCAUUGUUCAGAGGCUCAUUGGCAUUUCAGUGCUGUAUCCUGGUUACUUCAUUGACCAGAUGAUUCCUCUUCACAACAGAUCUGUACUCUACAAAGUGUUCAUCCCAAACUACAUCUCUCGGGUGAAGGUACAGCUUGUGGACUGCAAUACAAAGAACAGGAGCGGGGAGAGCUGUCCGGUUCUGCUGAAGAUCCGCUCGAGGGCCCCGCCGGUGCAUAACUCCAGCGCAAUGGACUGCAGAGAGAACGUUCCCUGUGAGCUAGAGGUCCCACUGCCAUCCUGGGAGCAGUGGUACUAUAUUUUGGUGGAGCGUUACCUCAGUAGCUCAGAUGUCUACUUUCGUAUUGGUGUUCAGGUUAAAGACUGUUCCAAGCCCAGUGUCUCCAAGGGCUCCUCAGCUAUGAACAUGCCCCAGUCAUUUGGCACUGCGAUGGGUUUCUCUCUGUCAGAGACCCUGCCUGCCGCCAGCCUGCCUAACGUGCCCCAGAACGGUUCUGAUCAAGGGUCUCUUUUGAACGCUGAAGACAGCAUCACUUACUUAGCACCCAUACCCGACACAAAUAAAUGCUGGCCCAUCCGGCCAACGCUGCGAAAUGAACUGGACACAUUUUCAGUUCAUUUUUACAUCUUCUUUGGACCCAACAUCUCCAUCCCUCCAGACCGGGCAGCGAUAUUUGCCAUCAACCUAAUGCCAGUGCUGGAUAGUGGAGGUGUCCUCAACAUGGAGCUCAAACUCAAUGUGUCUUCAGUAAGAGGAGAAAAUAUUACGAUCUUUGGCUGCCUGAAUCAUGGGAUGCCGCUGUCUCUUCAUGACAACACGUCAGUCUCAUGUGAAUCUGAAUCAGUUUCAGGAUUUCAUCUCUCCAUUAACACCACCACAAAUAUCACCAAGCUCAGGAUACCCUACCCACAGACAGGCACGUGGUAUCUGAGCCUGCGCUCUCUGUGUGCCACUGAACACGGGUUUGAGCUGUGUACUAAUGUAACAGCUGAGGUGUACCUUCGCUCUUACCUGACCCCCUGCAUCAAUGACUGCGGCACCUAUGGCCAGUGCAAACUCCUGCGCACCAACAACUACCUGUAUGCUGCAUGCGAGUGUAAAGCAGGUUGGGAUGGCUGGGGUUGCACGGACAACACUGAGGCGUACUCGUAUGGGUUCCAGCUGCUCUCCACUCUCCUUCUGUGCCUCAGCAACCUGAUGUUCGUCCCACCUGUGACCAUCGCCAUCCGCAGUCAUUACCUGCUGGAGGCAUCUGUAUAUAUUUUCACCAUGUUCUUUUCCACUUUUUAUCAUGCCUGUGACCAGCCAGGCAUUGUGGUCUUCUGCAUCAUGGAGUAUGACGUGCUGCAGUUCUGUGACUUCCUCGGCUCGCUCAUGUCUGUAUGGGUCACUGUCAUUGCCAUGGCCAGACUCAAAUCCAUUAUCAAACAGGUGCUGUACUUGCUGGGGGCGAUGGCUCUGUCCAUGGCCUUACAGCUGGACCGUCAUGGUCUGUGGAACCUGCUGGGGCCCAGCCUUUUCGCUUUAGGCAUCAUGGCCAUCGCCUGGACUGUGCGCACCAUCCGCCGGCGCCGCUGCUACCCGCCGACCUGGAAGCGCUGGGUCUUCUUCCUGUUCCCCGGCACCACCAUUGCCACAUCAGCGGUGGCCUUAUAUGCCUUCGUGGAGACGGAGGAGAAUUACUUCUACAUCCACAGCAUCUGGCACAUGCUCAUCGCCGGGAGCGUCGGCUUCCUUCUUCCGCCACGUGCCAAACCAGACGUGAAAGUCACUCCCCUGAAGCGGCGGCGAGGCUGUGGCUACCAGCUCUGUGUGAACGAGCACGAGGAGAUGGGACUGGUGGACCCAGCGAUCAUUACCAUCAACAGCAUAUGCACCAGCUGAUGAUGUUUGAUGGAGUUUAGCGACGUGGACUUUUAUUUGCCUUUCCUCUCCUUCCUUUGGAAUAUAAAAACACGGAAAACAAAGCCAGAGAACUGAUGCACUGUAAAUAACUUUUGACCGAAACACAGAAACGCGCAUAUAUGUACAAGUUUUUUGUCAUCGUUAUUGGGAUUACUAUUAUCGACGUUAAUAUCGUUUGCAUUGUUAGUAUCUGGGAAUGGUUUGUGUCAGUACAGCGAUGCACUGUUAUUAGUGCAUUAUUUAAAACUUCUGAGCUGAUUUUGCUGCUGCUACUUGACAGUGACUGUAAAAUUAAAAAAACAAAAAAUGUGUCAUGUAAUUUAUUCGUUGUUUUCUGGCACUCAAAUGACCAAAUGUUUUAUUGUGUUUAGAGGAUGCAAAGGAAGAACAUUUUGUGGAUGUAUUGAGGGCACUGCUUUUUUAGUUUUCUUUUUAAACAUCUUUUGCACUGAGACACAAAAAUGUGAUACUGUACAUUUUUUAAAUAUAUAAGUAUAGUUAUGAUCCAGUCACAAUGUAUACAUGUACAUGUAUAGUAUAGUUGUUUUCAGUGGAAUGUCUGAUUGUACUUUGGAUUGCAUUGUAUUAUUGCCAUUGCAGCAUAAUUGAUUGUCGAUUUAUAGAGGGUUUAGAAAAGUAUCCAUUGCCAAGACCAGGUUUUAAUACGAAACCUCAAAUAAAUAACCUCAUAUUUCCGGUUGUAUAGUGAGGAUCAAAGGGAGACAUUUUAAAGCAAAAGCAACUGAUCACACAAAUAAACGUUUUAUUUUUUCGGUAUCAAACCGGAUUCAUAUGUAGCCCUGUGAAAGAGUAAUGUGUUACUUCUUGAAAAUGACACCAUAUUUUGAUGUCUAAUGUGCAUAGAUUGUCAUCAUCAUACCCAAGUAUACUGGAGAGAUGAGAAACCGCAAGCAGAGGCCU